AUGAAACGAUCAGCAAUUGUUCAGAUUAAUCAAGCUUGUUAAGUACACUGAUUCUGGUCAUAAAUGAUUUCACAAGAAGCAAAUACAAGGUAAUUGUUAUCAUUUGAAAGUGAAAGGUUUCUUAUCAUGUAUCAUUUAAAUAAUUGAAUGUCUAUCGACUUUCAUUCAUUUCAGAUUGAUAAUUAUCAAGGGUUCUUAAUCUUACAGACAUACGAUUUAGUAAAUGAAAGACCGAAUGGUUGGGUAAUAUCACUAAUCAUUAACAGUUAAUAGAUCUAGAUUAGUGAAAACAAUUGAUUCAAUAAUCUGAUGAUUCUCUUUUUGUCUUAUUAAUAUUAAUAGUAAACAUGUCACCAAAAAUCUAUCCACAAGAGGAUCAUUGAGAAUGAUAAAAUCUGUAUUUGCCUUUUCCUAGCAUUAUACAGAUGGUGAAUUAGUAACCUGAAAUUUUAUAGUGUCUCAUUUCAAGUUAAUUGCUAAAAUUUGUUUCAACCAGAAUUAUUAAGAGCUAAUCCAAAUAGACGGCGCUAGUUGAUAGAUUAAAUUAAAUUAAAUUGAUUUAACAAUUUUUCCUCUCUUUCAUUGUGUUUCCUUCCAUUGUUAAUAUUCAACUGACUACAACCUCUAUUUGAGUACUUGACAAGUUGAGUUGCUGUAUUAAAACGAUAGAUUAUAAUUUCCCAUUGAUUGAUCUGUUUCUUGUUACAUCCAAAAGCUGUUGACAAGAUGUUUGAUGAAGAAGAAACAUUGAAUGUCGAUGAAUUGGCCAAAGUCGAGGAAGUUUGUGUUGACAUUUUACCCGGAAUUUGGCGAUGCAUGACCAAGGAUGAUAUGCUUGUAUCAAAAUGCUCAGGAGGAAUCGCCAAUCGGGUUUAUCUUGUUCAAGUGAAACCUGAUAGAGCCGAAGGUAAAUUAGGAACCGAACCCAAUCGAGUCAUCGUGCGUCUUUAUGGAAGUACAAUUUUAAAAAACAUUGAUGAGCCUAGGUUAUUGGGUGAUGAUGCAGAGAUAAUUAUCUUCCAUUUUUUGUCCGUUUAUAAACUUGGGCCCAGACUGUUAGGUGUUUUCACCAAAGGACGAAUUGAAGAAUACAUUCCUAAUGUCAGACCAGGACCAAAAAUAUUGGAAAAACGAGUGAUUAAUCAAGUAAUGGCAAGGCUAUUCGCUCGUAUCCAUUCACUUGAGCUUCCAAUUACAAGAAAACAUGUUUUCUAUUCCACCUUGUUCCAUGGGUUAAUGGGUGAAAGAGUUAAAGACGAAGGUGAAAUGAUUAUCCAGUACGAUGAAGAGGCUACUGUAAUUGCAGAUGAAAUUGAUGCCUUUCCUUUCCAUAAGCAACUAAAAUGGUUAGAUGAUACUUCAAUCAAGAUUGGUGCUAAAUCAGUAUUUUGUCAUAACGAUCUUCAUCUUUACAAUAUACUUUUCCGCUCUGAACAUAAGGAUGGUAAUAAGAUAAGGAAAAGUCUUGAUACAGAUGAUUAUAAUUUCUGGAGGUCCAUCAUGGUUCCGAUUGAUUAUGAGCUUGGUAGUUACGGCUGGAGAGGUUAUGAUUUGGCUUAUUUCCUCAAUUUCCGUUACUAUCACCCUUGUGAAGGUGAAGUUGAUUAUGAGAAGAUCAAGUUUCCUGAUUCAGAGGAAGUAUUGACUUUUGUUAAAGAUUAUUUGAGCCAUUUGUCCGAGAUUGAUCCAAAUUUCGAUCCAGCAGACAGUAAUGUUGAACAAGUGGUCAAAGAAGUUGAAUUGGCAAGCUUGUAUACACAUCUUUUCCUGUUUGGAUGGGCAAUCAAUGAUCGACGAAUUGAAAGUGUACUUGAUUGGCCUAAGGCUUAUCCAUAUCUGCGAUACAGAAAAUAUAAGGCAGAGCAAGAGCAAUUUAUCAAAAAGUAUGGCGUACCAGGAGUUGAAUCAUGAUUUUAAUCACAAACCAGAUUUGGAUUCACGAAUCAAGACUUGGAAACCAAGAUUCAGUUUAUGCAAUUGACGACGGAUAAUUUUAAUUCAUGGUGUACACACAAAUACAUUUGUAAUUAUUCAUCAUCAUUAUUUCAAUGGUUUUAAUAAAAAUGUGUACAUGUUUAUCAAAA